CUUUAGUAUAGUACAUGCCUUGCAUACUGAUUUCCGUUGGUUUUUGGUUUUGGUAAGGUCUUCCUCUUCGAGUAGUAACGCUUUGCAUUCGCAGGAACUAGCCCGUUGCGGUAACAUCGUUCAGUUCAUAGGUUUGUGAUUUAAGGAGUUAUUUUUUCGGUACCCUAUCAAGAGUACGGAGUUCCUCACUACAGCUUUUAAGCCUUUCCUUUGGAGCCUGAUAAACUUGACGUAACUGGAUCUGAGACUCUCGUUCUGUGCGUGAGCACUCCACUUGCUGAAAAUCUCAUCUUGUUUUUCUUCUUAUUUCGUAAAAUAAGUAAGAAUGUGGUGACUUCUUUCCUUUGUUUGGCUUGAGUCCAAUCUCAUCUGUCAGGAGAUGGAGUCGUGCGCUUCGGGAACUCGAUCUAAUGCGCCUUGCGACUACCGGAGCAAAGUCAAUGAGUUGCUGUUCUUUUCAACAAAACUAUAUCAGAGCCCUGCGACGUCAGGAGCAGAUGAAAGGAUGAAUGGCUGUUCUGUUCAUCAAAACUCAAAAAUCUUUCGAGGAAAGUCUUCGCUGACGCUUGCCUCUAGCUGA